GCCCACGUGUACAGCUCCUCGUCCCCGGCUGGCCUCAAGCGGCGCUAGCUCUGUGGCUGGCGCUGGAGUGUGCUGCCCCUGGCAGCGCCGCCGCAGCAGGGAGCCGGGGAGAGCGGCUCUCGAGGCAGCAGGAGGAGCGUGUGAGCUGUGGGCGUCCCUUUAAGAGCGGCUGGCCAGGCACGGCCUCCGCCUCUCAGUCCGCGGAGCGCCGGCAGUCACCUGGGGCUCGCGGGGCAGCCAGAUCGCGGCGGGGUCGGCGCGCUUCCCCGAGCGGCGGUGGGAGAGGCGACCCGGACGCGAGGCGCCCCGAAGCCCUCUCCGCUUGGCGGUGCAGCGCCUCUCUGAGGCGGAGGAUGCGGGAGCGCAUCUGGGCGCCGUCGCUGCUGCUGCUGCUGCCGCUGCUGCUGCCCCCGCCAGUGUGGGGCGGCCCCCCGGACAGCGCACGCCGGGAGCCGGAGCGCGAGCCCGGGCCUCUGCAGCCCUCCGACCUGCUCUACGCCAGCGGCGCGGCCGCCUACUACCGCGGGGACUACGAGCAAGCCGUGCGCGACUUGGAGGCGGCGCUGCGCAGCCACCGGCGCCUGCGGGAAAUCCGCGCGCGCUGUGCCCGCCGCUGCGCCGCGCGCCACCCGCUGGCCCCCCCCGGCGCGGGCCCCGGGGCCGAGCUGCCUUUUUUCCGCUCCGUGUUGGAGCGGGCGCGCUGUUACCGCAGCUGCGAGACCCAGCGCCUCGGGGGACCUGCAUCCCGUCACCGCGUCAGCGAGGAUGUGCGCAGCGACUUCCAGCGCAGAGUGCCCUACAACUACCUGCAGCGGGCCUACAUCAAGCUUAACCAGCUCGAAAAAGCAGUGGAAGCAGCUCACACAUUUUUCGUGGCUAACCCUGAGCACAUGGAAAUGCAGCAGAACAUUGAGAAUUACAGAGCAAUGGCUGGUGUUGAAGCAUUGCAAUUGGUAGACAGAGAAGCCAAACUACACAUGGAGAGUUACAAUGCAGGAGUUAAACAUUAUGAGGCUGAUGACUUUGAGAUGGCUAUCAAGCACUUUGAACAAGCCUUAAGAGAAUAUUUCAUUGAAGAUACAGAAUGCCGAACCCUAUGUGAGGGGCCUCAGAGAUUUGAAGAAUAUGAGUACUUAGGGUAUAAGGCUGGUCUGUAUGAAGCUAUUGCAGAUCACUACAUGCAGGUGCUUGUCUGUCAGCAUGAAUGUGUGAGGGAGGUUGCCACCCGCCCUGGCCGCCUCUCACCCAUUGAGAACUUUCUUCCUCUGCACUAUGAUUACCUACAAUUUGCCUACUAUCGAGUUGGUGAAUAUGUGAAAGCCCUGGAGUGUGCCAAAGCCUAUCUUUUGUGCCACCCAGAUGAUGAGGAUGUCCUAGACAAUGUGGACUACUAUGAGAGUCUGUUGGAUGAUAACAUUGACCCCGCAUCCAUUGAGGCGAGGGAGGAUUUAACAAUGUUUGUGAAACGUCAUAAGCUGGAAUCUGAGCUGAUAAAAUCAGCUGCAGAAGGUCUGGGAUUUUCAUACACUGAACCGAAUUAUUGGAUCAGAUAUGGAGGACGACAGGAUGAGAAUCGGGUCCCUUCAGGAGUGAACAUAGAGGGAGCAGAAGCUCAUGCAUUGUCAAUGGGAAAAAAGUUAUCACCCAAGAUAGAUCGAGACCUAAGAGAAGGUGGUCCUCUGCUGUAUGAGAACAUCACAUUUGUCUACAACUCGGAGCAGCUGAAUGGGACUCAGCGGGUUCUCCUGGAUAACGUCCUGUCUGAAGAACAGUGCCGGGAGCUCUACAGCGUGGCUACUGGAAUCAUGAUUGUUGGUGAUGGAUACAGAGGAAAAACUUCACCCCACACGCCCAAUGAAAAGUUUGAAGGCGCAACUGUCCUGAAGGCACUCAAAUCUGGUUAUGAAGGUCGAGUCCCACUGAAGAGCGCCCGUCUGUUUUAUGACAUCAGUGAAAAGGCUCGAAAGAUUGUAGAAUCUUAUUUCAUGCUGAACUCAACUCUGUAUUUUUCCUAUACACACAUGGUCUGCCGAACAGCCCUGUCUGGUCAGCAGGAUAGAAGAAAUGACCUCAGUCAUCCCAUCCAUGCUGACAACUGUCUGUUGGAUCCAGAGGCCAAUGAAUGCUGGAAGGAGCCUCCUGCUUACACAUUUCGAGACUACAGUGCUCUCCUGUAUAUGAAUGAUGACUUUGAAGGAGGAGAAUUCAUAUUCACUGAGAUGGAUGCUAAGACUGUGACUGCCUCUGUAAAACCAAAAUGUGGGCGCAUGAUCAGCUUCUCAUCUGGAGGAGAGAACCCGCAUGGGGUGAAGGCAGUCACAAAGGGCCAGAGGUGUGCAGUGGCUCUGUGGUUCACCCUGGACCCACUUUAUAGAGAAUUGGAGCGAAUACAGGCUGAUGAAGUGAUUGCAAUCCUGGAUGAAGAACAGCAAGGAAAGCAUGAACUGAAUAUCAACCCUAAAGAUGAGCUAUAAAAAUGAGAAAGAAUGUUCUAUCAAAUAUUUAUUUAAAUUGUUAAUCUUAUGAGAACCUUUUUAUUUUUGUACAGAGCCGUGGGAUAAAUUAACAGGUUAAUAUGAGUCAUCAGA